UUUUAAAUAAAAGUUGUAUGAUGUUGAAGGGGACGAACAAUAGUGACCUUGGUUUGACCUUGGGACAUUUACUUAAGGUCAGAGAAUGGUCAACCUAAUUUUCUCAAAUGGAACCCCCUAUUUUUCAUAUCAUAUUCUUAUAGUUGACUUCAAGACCUUUCCAAAACAUUAUGAUAAAGUAUUUUUUUAUUGAGUACUUUCCGAGUUAUGAGAUAAAAAAUGAGCUAGAGAUUGAAGACGCUGCCACAUAGUUAUCACUAUGGAAGGGAUGUGGUGGGUAUGUUUCCGGUCCCAACAAGAGGCAUCUCUGCGCGGAAGGAGAAAACUAUUGAGAAGCGACGAGCGAUAGACAAUUGAGAGACGGAUUAGCCACGAGGUGAUAUGUAGAUGUAGCGCUCUGGAUUAAUGAAAUUGUUAAUUUGAUUAAUGAAUCUGUUAAUGAAAUGCGCCUUAGAAAGUACAUAAGUGACGGUCUGUGGAUGAGUCACUUUAGGUACAUAAUUAAGUACAAAAGCAUUAAAAUUAAAACUUUGUUUCCUUGAUCAUUUUUAACAUGAUUGAUUAUUCACCAAAUGAAAUUGUCGAUAUAAUCAUUGAAUAUGGAAGGAGCAAUGAAAAUUCAGAGAAUGUGCCAGUCAGUAUGCAUUACGUUAUCCAGAUCGUCGAUGUCCCAGUCAUGUAACAAUAAUCAGUCUUAUAAAUAGGGCCUAUGAAGGUAAUUUAUAUCGCAAACGUAAAAGAAAAUCUUUAAUUGAUGAUAAUGGUUUGACUAUAGCUGUUUUAGGGAUGACAGUCAUAAAUCCUCAAAUUAGUCAAUGUAUAAUCAGUCGAGAACUCAAUAUUUGUUAAAAAUCUGUUCAACAAAUUUUAAAAGCGAAUCAUUUUCAUGCUUAUCAUAUUCGAUAUCAUCAGGCACUUACUGAAAAUAAAAAACGGAAACGCGUUGAAUUUUAUCAUUGGUUUGAGAAGAUUACAGGAAGAUCCGACUUUCUUUGACAAGGUUUUAUUUACCGAUGAAUCUAAUUUUCAGAAUAGCGGUGAUUUAAAUCGUCAUAAUUUCUAUUAUUAUUCAGAUGUAAAUACAUUUUGGGUUCUUCAUAUAGAUCAUCAGCAUCAGUGGAAAGUAAAUGUUUGGUGUGGCAUAUUGGAUGGCCAAAUUAUUGGACCUCAUUUUUUUGAAGAGGAUAUUAAUUUAGAAACUAGAGGACUCAUGUGGUUUCAACACGAUGGUGCGCCUCCGCACAGAGUUAACAUUGUACGAGACUAUUUAUACCAAAGAUAUCCUGAAUAUUGGAUAGGAUUUAACGAGUAUGUCCAAUGGCCUCCAAAUUAUCUCGAUUUGACACCUUGUAAUUUUUUUCGAUGGGGAUUCAUUAAAAGGAUUGUUUUUGCUACGGAGUCAAUGAAUUCGAUCGAUAUGAGAAAUCGCAUCACCAGAACUUUGGCAACUAUUCCUGAAGAAGUCCUUCAAAGGACUAUUAUUGCGUUAUGUGAUAGGUUCUAAAUGUGUAUUAAAGUGAAUGUUGAUACAUUUGAACAAAUGUUAUAAAUUCACGUAAAUCGUGAGAGGUAAGGGGACUUACAGAAAUCAAGCAUCCCAAAAGGAACAGAAAACUAUGUCCACGCCGUUGUUCCUGGGUAGCGCUAAAAAUAGAAUUAGAAUAAAAAGUGUAUUUAAAAAAUUCAAGAUGCCCAACCUGAACUUGAGGACAGUAUAUCGAAGUUAACCAAGAUUAUCAUUCUUUCUUUGCCUCAAACCUAAUCGUUUUAGGGGGGGAGAUCCCUUUAUAACCUCCAAAAAUGUAAUUUUUUGUUUUUUGCAUAAUAUGUUAGUCAAACAUGUGUAGAAUAUCGUCCUAAAAUUUUAGAGCGGAAUUCGCGGUCCUUCCGAAGUUAUAGCCUAUGAACGCUACUGACCUCCGCUCAGCUUGAGAGCGCGUAGCAGAUAUAAGCAGGUACUCGGGGCCGAGAAGCCUGCCUUUUAUUAUCCCGUCCUUUUAAAUGUUGAUAUUGUCACUUCAUGUAGAGCAAAUGUUUCGGAAGCCGUGUAUAUAUGAAUACACGUGUUUGUCUGUGUGUUGUCUGUGUUUCAUAGUAGAGUACAGUAACGGUCUUUGUUUGAGAAAUUCAGAACAACGUCGCUCUCAGUUUUGCACCAAACUUUGGUAUGUACAGAGCAAAUUUUAUAGUUUCAAAAUAACAUCUUAUCCCUGAAAUCAAGGCGAGUCGAAUCGUUCACCAAAGUCACGUAAACGGCAAUUCCACGACAAUAAAUUCACCGGUAAAGAAAGUGAAAGUGCAGAAGAGAGUGCGAGUACAAGUGCAAGUGGCAGAAAAAUGCAGCUAUUAGUGCAAAUCCUGGGAUUUUGGACCAUUCUGCACCAUUGCAUCCAGAUGUUCAAAAGCACAUUUUUCCUAUUUACGAGGACCUAUUUCGGGAUGAUUUGCUAUCAAAAUGCUUGGACGGUCACAUGCAGAAUGCGAAUGAAAAUUUUAACUUUAUCAUUUGGCGGUUGGCUCCAAAACAUCUGCAUUCUGAUGUAGAAAUAGUUGAAAUUGCUUUAUAUAUUGUUGCAAACUUGUUCAACGAAGGCCAGGCUUCUAUUCUAAAAACAAUGAAUGAUUUAGACAUCAUUGUUGGAAAGCAAACUAAAGACUAUGC